CGGUCCGCUCCAGGAUCAGUGUCCCGGAUGUGAUGGAGCUCGUGCUGCUGCAUUGAGAGACGCACACAAGCGCUAAGAUCAUCAUCAGAGCUCUAGUGAAGCCGAGUUUGGGACACACGCUGGUUAUCUGGGAUCUAUUGCGUUCAGAGUUAAGGAACUGAUGUAAAAUGUCGUUGAUCCUGAUGCUUUCUUCGCUGGUUGUUCUGGAUCUGCAGCGGAUUUGAAGUGUACAUUGAAACCGGCCUGUCUUUGGAUCUGUGUGUGUGUGUGUGUGUGUGUGUGUGUGUGUGUGUGUGUGUGUGUGUGUGUGUGUGUAACCCCAGCACACUUCCUUGGAGGGGUAUUUUUGCUGGUUUCUGCUGGAUCUAUGGCAUUUAGCUCGGUCUGGAUCCUCUGGGGGGCAACAAUGUGGGUUACUGGGAAGGGGAAACCAACAGGACCCUGAGGCUUGUGUAAAUGUGUUUCCCAACAGCCUCAGUCGUCUGAGAAGGUCAGACCUCCCUGUGGCGCGCUUGGGCCGCUGGCACUAAGAUGUCCCUCAGUAGUGGCACUGCAGGCGGGAAAGGUGUGGACUUGAAUGCGGUGGACACUUACGACAGCGGCGAUGAGUGGGAAAUUGGUGUAGGCAACCUGAUCAUUGACCUUGACGCCGAUUUAGAGAAAGAAAAGCUUGAGAUGUCGGGCACUAAGGACGGGGACGGACUGGCUGCUGCCUCGAGUGCCGUAGCAGCAUUGCCGGACAACAUCAAGUUUAUUAACCCAGUGCCUCCCCCGCCGAUCAAGGACAGCAAAUCCAAAGCUAAGCGUAGCAAGAAUUCCAAGGACAGUAGCAAAUCCUCAAACCCUGAAGGGGGUAAGAAGGACUCCCAGGGACGGACCCAAAACGAGGCCACUGGGCCAACUAUGGGAAGUGGUUCCACAACUUUACCUUCCGGGAAAGGUUCAGAUAAAAGUAACAAAGCCUCUCGUAAUGUUCAGACUGGCAAAAAGGACAAGGAGGGUUCUGGGAAAAGCAAGAAGGAGAAAAACGAAGGGGUACAAGCUGGGAGUGUGCCCUCGGAAAAGGACCCAUCAGCCCAGGUCAUGCCUUUAGGCCAGGCACGCAAUACCCCAUUUGAGGGGACGCAAAAUUCGGACCUUGUUGGUGCUGAGCAGCUAGGGAAUAUUACCCUCGAUACCACUGGAAUAGUCACUCCUCUGGCUAUCAAGAGCGAACCAGAAGAAGUGGAAAAUAAUGAUUGCAGGACCAUGAAGAAAGUUAAAAGUGAAAAGAUGGAGUCUCCGGUCUCGCCAGCGCUCCAGCUCCUCGCUCCGGUCAGCAACAGUGACAUCUCGUCCUCGUGUGAGCAGAUCAUGGUCCGUACACGCUCUGUAGCGGUCAACACCUCUGACGUGUCUCUGGCCACCGAGCCCGAGUGUCUGGGUCCCUGUGAGCCUGGCACCAGUGUUAACCUGGAGGGCAUCGUGUGGCAGGAAACCGAGGACGGUAUGCUGGUUGUAAAUGUUACCUGGAGGAACAAGACGUAUGUGGGCACACUUUUAGACUGCACUCGACAUGACUGGGCACCCCCACGGUUCUGUGAAUCACCCACAAGUGACCUGGAGAUGAGAAAUGGCCGUGGUCGGGGUAAAAGAAUGAGGCCCAAUAGCAAUACACCAGUCAAUGAGAACAGCAACUCCUCUGAUAACAAAGGCAGCAACAACAGCAAGACUCGAGCCGCAUCCAACAGCAAAGGGCGACGGGGCAGUCAGAACUCCUCUGAGCAGCGGACACCACCAAAUAGCAACACUGAGGAUGUAAAAGCUAGUCCUUCAUCUGCUAACAAACGCAAGAACAAACCUGCCUCAGACAUGGAACCCAAUUCCAGUUCAGAGGACACUAAGGGUAGCAAACGUAUGCGCACCAAUUCAAACAGUGGAAUACCUCAUACUGUUCUUCCCCUCUCCAACAUCAAAGCUGAAUCCUUGCCUCCCUCUUUGGAUCGCAGCUGCCCCUCACCAGUGCUCAUCGACUGCCCCCAUCCCAACUGCAACAAGAAGUACAAGCACAUUAAUGGCCUGAAGUAUCACCAGGCUCGUGCACACAAUGAUGAUGACAUCAAGCUGGACAUAGAUGGUGAUAGUGAGUAUGGUGAGGACUCCACUUUGCACCCAGAGCCAGGGAGUUGCAAUGGUGCAUCCAUUUCUCAGAAGGGCUGUGCAUCUCCUGCACGGUCAAUCACCCCCAAAGGCAGAGGAUUUGAUGCCCAGAGUCCAUCACCAUCAUCAGGAAAGUUCAGCUCCAAGCAGCCUGGUAAAAAGAAACCAGAGGCUGAGCAUGACUCUGGUGUGCCCAUGGAUGGUUGUGAAGAUGGCCCAUGUCUUACAGAUGAGACAAGCAACGAUGGCAUUGAUGAUAAAAGAGGCUUGGACAAAGCCAAGAAGUCUGGCAGUGGUACCAAGGCAGAAAAGCUUGCGCAAAAGGCAACGAAGUCAGCAAGGCCCCUGGUUCCUUCCUUACCUCCACAGCAGUUGUACGCCUUACCAACCUCUGGCUUCCCUGCCCCCAAUUCUGGCUCCUCCUCCAGUGUAGGCUCUGUGGUCCAGUCCAUUAGCAAGAGUCCCCAAAUAAAAAACAUUCAACCCAAACCUGCAGUAAUGGGAGAUCCCUCAAUGAACCCAGCCUUGGGAAGCUCUAAGGACAAGAAAAAGAAAGAUAAGAAAAAGAAGGAGGGCGGUAAGGAAGGAGACAGUCCAAAAACCCCUGGGAAAGGAGGUAAACCUGAAGAAGGCAAGAGCCCAUAUUCUGAGAGCUCAGACCAAGGCAGCAAGAGUGAUGGACUGUUAAAUGGAUCCACAGAUCCACAUCAAAGUCGUCUAGCCAGCAUUAAAGCAGAGGCAGACAAAAUCUACAGCUUUUCGGACAAUUCUCCCAGUCCAUCUAUUGGUGUUGCCAGUCGGAUAGAAAGUGGGGGGAUGGCACAACCUCUCACUCCACUUCAUGUGGUUACACAAAACGGGGCAGAUAACUCUUCUGUGAAGACCAACAGCCCAGCGUACUCGGACAUCUCUGAUGCAGGGGAAGAUGGAGAGGGCAAAGUGGAAGGUGUGAAGGUCAAGUCUGAAGAUCAGGCAGGUCGGGAAGGUGCCAAGAAAUCCCUGUUCCCAUCCCAACCACCAAACAAAGAUUCUUCUUAUUUCCCAAGUUAUGAAACGUACUACUCACCCAAUUAUAGCAACCCAAACCCCAGUCCAGGAGUCUCUAACACGGUCACAUCUUUGCAAGAUGGUGCAGUGAAGGUGAAAAAAGAGGAAGACCUAGAACCAGGGAAUGACAAGGGCAAAUCCGAGCCACCUGAAGAUCGAAAGCCAGACACAGGUGCAUCCACUCAACAGCCACAGCAGCCUUCAGUCAUUCAGCAGCGGUCUAACAUGUUCAUGCAGCCCCUCUAUUACAAUCAGUAUGCUUAUGUUCCUCCCUACGGCUAUUCACCUGAUCAGGCCUACCAUAACCACCUGAUGAACACAAACCCAGCUUACAGGCAGCAGUGUGAGGACCGCCAGCGUCAAGCAGCUGAACAGCAUCGUGCUGCAGAGAAGAAAUCAGAGGCUGCUCAGAAGGAUAGGGAAGCAUCCAUGAAGCAAGAAGAAUGGAAGCAGAAAGCUUCAGUUCCUCCUACCUUAUCGAAAGCACCAAGCCUCUCAGACUUGGGCAAACCGUCCCCACAGGGCAAGCCCAAAGAUCCCUUGGAGCCUGGCAAGUCAGUCAUUAUCCCCAAAGGAGAAGAUGGCAAGGGACACAACCAGCCAGGUGAGGGGUUGAAAAUGAAGCUAAGUGAAGCUGGGCAUCAUGCGAAGGAUGAGCAGAAACCAAGCCUUGAGUCUGGGAGAUCGGCUAUGGAGCAGGCAAUGUACAUGUACAGACAGGAGCCAGACUCUCGCCUGUGGCCCUACGUUUACGCCAGCAAGUACCCCGAUGCUCAGAAACAGAUCGAUGAGGAGAGGUGGAAGGAAGAGAGAGAGCGGGAUCGUGAACGAGAAAGGGACCGAGAGCGGGACAGAGAUCGCGAAAGAGACCGGAAAGGCAAAGACGAAAGGCCGCGUCCUAAAGACGCUCCCUCUAAAGAGGAAAGCAAGGAAGGGGCAGAACCACGGACUUCAUCGGCCUCAGAGGAGCAUAGAGUCUUCAGCAAAGAUCCCCGAGCACAUAUGCAGUUUUCUUCACAUCUGCCGCAGCAUCAGUCAUAUAUGUCUUACAUGCAUGGAUACCCCUACGGCCAGGGUUAUGACCCCAGCCAUCCGGGAUACAGGGGGAUGCCGGUCAUGAUGCAGAAUUACCCUGGGUCGUACCUGUCACCGGGGUACUCUUUUUCUCCAUAUGGCUGUAAGAUGCCACCUGGAGAGGAGGGUGAGAAGGCUCGUGCCAGUCCUACAGUGAGCGGCAAGUCUGCAUCUGAGUCUAAAGCGCUUGACAUCCUGCAUCAGCAUGCUAGCCAAUACAAGAGCAAAUCACCCACGGUGGGUGAAAAGACACCCCAUGAAAGAGACAGAACUGGGAGUGAGCGGGAAAGAGAUGGUGAUCGUCCGAGAUCUUCGCCCUCUCAGAGGAUCAUGCCUUCCCACCAUCACUUAAGCUAUCCACUACUCCCAGGACAGUUCGACCUGUCCUAUGCUACAGGUAUCUCCUCUUCAGCCAUUGUUGCCAGUCAGCAAGCCUCUGCCCCUUCACUUUACCCCCCAGCACGGAGGUGAGAAUGGGAGAAGUGACUGGCUGUUUUUCUGCAGACAUGUGACUGGUUCACAUGAGGAUGUGAUGUGGAGCUUAAUACAUCAGUUCAAUGAUGUUCCUGAUUUCUUUAUGGUUCUUUCCCCUGACUUUAUGGCAUCUUUGACCAAUUCAGUCAGAAGGAGAAAGUGGAUGCUGAGGCUACUACGUAAACGCCGAGCUCCACCUCAGGAAGCACACAUCUGUACACCUCCCUCUCUGUGCUGCUGGCUAAAUACUCAGGAGAGAGGAGCACCAUCUGUCUGCAGAGACAUCAUUCGAUGUGCAAGCUGGACCUACAGAGUUUGGGAAAUCUUGAAUGAACCUGGAUGCAAAGACAUUCUGGAUGUCACUACAUGGAGUGCUACUGUUCUGGACUGCUGCUCUAGAGCCACGAGGAUUACCGAGGUUGUUCAUGUUUGGUUUUUUCCUGGAGGAUUCCAGCAUCUUCAUCUUCUAAUCUAUUUGUGGACUAUGCAAGUGGAUAAGGCUUGGUUUUCUUCAGGGCAGUGAAUUCACGUUCAUGUUACCAUUGCGAAGCCAUCGCCAACAUACUUGAGAGUAGAGCGUUAUUUGUCCUAGAGGCAUUUUUCAACGCACUUCCCUGUCUUUAUUGUUCAUAUUUAUGUUUUUGGAUGAUGAACAAAUUGCUCCGCAUUUGUGGCAAACGUUUUGUUCUUGAACAGGCAACUGCUUCGGUUUGCUUUGCAUUGGUCAGUUCAACAGUGACCUGAUUUUUAGUUACAGUUAGAUGGGCCUCUGAUAUUUUGGAUUAUUUUCUGUGUUGCCGAUUGAAGAUUGGCAUUGGCAGCUCCUAGACAUGAAGUGCCCCAAAAGCCAGGAACUUUGACUUCCAGACCGGAUUUGUUUUUUUCCCGGUCUGAAUUGACCGUUGUAAUGUUUGGACACGAGGCUAUCUGCUUCUCCCAGGCUCUAGAUGGCCGUUUGGGACACGUUACGUGUGAAGUUACCAGUCUCUACUGACCUGUGUGUCUGGUCAAGAACUGAAGCUUCACACACGGAUACUUUGCUGCUUGGGAAUCUCAUGCCAGACUUCAUGCGUGAAGUCCAAAAAGGAGCAAACCUUAAAGGCUUAGAGCGAUCCGAGUGAGAUAACCUCAAAAGAGGCUUCGAGCCAGCAUCCAGCUUCUAGACGACUUCGACUUUGGGUCUGUCCUCCGAUCCAGACUCACGGAGCAUGAAACGAGGAAGAGCUGGAAAAUGUUCCCUCACUUCUUCUGUACGUCUGCGUGGUAUGAUCCAGCACUCGGUAAAAGCAUUAAUCCAAACAGAGAGCAAUGCGACACAAGCAGGCGUCCUUCCUUUUCUCCCUCACUAUGUGCUUUCUGUAUAUAUUGUACAAAGGAAUUAUUUUAAAAACAGGUUGUUGGAUGCUAUCGGAUUUUCUUACUAUUUCUUUCUCUUUUUUUCUUCUGUUAGCUUUUUUUCUACCAUUGUUGACAUUAAUAUCAAUGUUUAACUGGUACAACGGCUUUAUAUUGGAAGUGGUUUUGUUUUUUUACUACUUUUUCUAACCCUCCUCUUCAGUGUCUACUUGGUCCCGCUCUGCUUUGAAGCUGUUUAGAAGCACAUUUUUUGCGUUCACUGAAAGUCAAUUUUAAUAAGACGUCAGGAUUUUUAGUCAACACCUCGGCAAACCACGUAAGCAAUGGCGCGUUCACAUAUCAGAAGAAGUGACAACCCGAGUCCGGUGCUAGUUUUUCAAGUCCGUCAUCAUGCAGUUAUUGUGUGAAUCUGAAACUCUCAGGAGAGCAUUGUUGAAAUCUGAGCAUUUAUAUCAUCCUUGCAUGUUCAUCGCUCUCGGCUGUAUUCAAACUCGAUUACUGAACGGCACAAGGAAGAAGACAUCACUUAACCUAAUUUGUUUGUAGUGAAGAGGUGGCUUUUUCCACAUGUUAAACAUGUUUUUCAUCUCUGUCGUGACAUGACUAGUAAAACAAAAACAGCAAGUCUGCAAGAUGAAUAAAUUUAAUUUAUAAGUGAGCAUUAGUUUCAAUGCCACCAAAAACCCCUAAUCUGAUUUUAACUAAUGCUCAUGCUAAUGAGGCCUAAUGGCACAAUGCAUUGGUUUAAUUUCAGUAAUAACCUCUCUUUUAGUUGUUCUGUCUUCACACGUUUAGCCAGUAAACCUGAGCUGUGUGGUGACUUGAUUCAUAAUUGUUGAGGAAAAAGCGCUUGUUUUAAUUUAUUUUUGAUGGAUCUUCUUUUGUUGUUGCUGUAGUUUUUUCUAGUUCAGGUUUUCUCCAUGUAGAAAGAUUAAACAGCCGGUUUUAACAGUUCAAACGUUCGUUUAUAUUUGUCUCAGACGGUGCUAAUAUAGCCUGCCCUGUGCGAUCCUUGUGGCAAGAGAAGAGGGAAAUGGUUUUAUUUUGUUUUCUGUUCUUAUCAGGCCCCUCCCACUGAUUAAGCCCCACCCACCCAACGCCCAUAGCGGUACUUGAAAGAAAGAUGUUUACACCUCUUAAUUUCUGUGUUUGGAUAUAUUUCUCUUUGUAAACCAUCACUCUCUCUGUCCCGCUCUCUCUUCCUAGGGAUCUCUCAUGUAAAGUGUAAAUUGCUACAUUUUUUAUACAAUACUGUAACUUGCCUUUGUACAUUUAGGCAGAAAAUAAAACUUUUUAUGAGACAAUCA